AUGAUCCAACGAUUACUAAUAUUUUUCCCAUUUGUUUUAUGUGCAUCAUCGAUACCAACCAAACCGACGUUAACAUUAGAUGAAUUUUUCGAUUAUGUUCAGAUUCCAUCGAUCAAUCUUUCUCCAAAUGGUCGAAAUUUACUAGUUCACACGAGACGAUCAUUGUGGGAUUCGAAUUCCUAUGAAAAUAAUCUGUGGCUUUAUGAAACAGAAACGUAUACGAAAAUAUUGAUCACUGAUAAAUUAUCGGAAAGUUUCAAACCAAAAUGGUCACCAAGUGGAAAUCAGAUUGUUUUAUUAUUGAACGAAAAAUCGAAUACGAACAUGAGAAACGAAACUAAGCAUUUCAGUCGUUCAUUCAAAAGUCAACCAAAACCAGAGCAUCACAUUUAUCUAUAUUGCAUCAAAUCGCAACGAUUGAUACCUAUUCCAAUUGGAUCAGAAAUGCCAUCGAGUAUAACGUGGGCCAACAACGAUUCCUCUUUAUACUUUGCUGCAAUCCAAUCAAAUCCAAGUAAUGACCAUGAUCAUUUAAAUGACGGUGAAUGGAAAGAUGUUAUUCAACAUCGACAAUGGAAACCAAGUGAUGGCAGUACGAUCUAUCACAUUCAUAUUGAUAGAAAAACACCAUUAGCAUCUACAACGAUGAAUAUUGUCAAAAAUGUUCCUUUUAUAAUUAGUGAACUUUUAUUCUCAUCGUCCGAGCAGAAACUUAUCUUCGUAUCGUUCAAAGCUGUGUUUGCAACUAUGGAUGAUUACGAAAUAUAUUCUAUUAACCUUGACAACACAUUGUCGUUAUCAAGAUUAACCACAAAUGAAGCGUUCGAAUUAAAUCUACAAAUGUCCCAUGAUGGUAACCACGUUAUGUUUCUUAUGUCCGGUCUCGGAUCAAGUAAAACUUCAAGUGUCAUUACUCAAACAAGAUUAUAUUCACUGGAUUUAACAAAUGGACAGAUUCAACGUUUAGCAAAAGACUUUGACGGUAAUAUCAUGGAAUUCGCGACGCGACCCGAUGGUAGUGUCUACAUUCUUGGGCAAGUAGGAACCAAUGUUCAAAUUUACACGCAACAAUCUUCAGAAAAAUAUACAAUUUUGCAUCACGGAUUGGAUGGAACAUAUGAAUCUAUUUCAUUAUCAUCAUCUCCUCACAACAAUAGUACGAUUGCGUUUGUUUAUUCAUCUUACGGGCAAGCAAAAGAAGUUUAUAUUGUUGAUAGCCUUAAGCAACUUAAAUCUGCAAAAGUAAUAACAAAUGAAAACAGACUUUUUUCUGAACGCAAUUUGCCUCAAGUAAAAACUUUUAAAUGGACAAGCGAUGAAGAUGAUUGCACAAUCGAGGGACUUCUACAUUAUCCACCACGCAAAUUCGAAUCGACAAAUUUACCUCUUUUUGUACUUAUUCACGGUGGUCCAUAUGCACCAAGUAUCAAUCAGUUUCAGUCUUCAGCUGGUACGUGGGGACCGUUAGCAGCCACAGAAGGUUGGUUAGUAUUAGAACCGAACUAUCGAGGAUCACCAGGCUAUGGUGAUCAAUUUCUCGAUGAAAUUCGUUAUGAACCUUUAACUCGGCCAGGAAAAGAUAUUCUUUCGGGCGUUCGUCGUUUGAUUCAGGAUGGUAUUGUUGAUCGCAAUCGUCUAGCUGUUGGUGGUUACAGCUACGGUGGUUUUCUUACUAACUGGUUGAUAACGCAAACUACUAAUUUCAAAGCUGCUCUUUCAGGUUCCGGGGCAGUUGAUUAUGUUUCUGCUUGGGGUACUAUGGAAUUUCCUCCGCUUAUCGAUUAUUUAAUGGGUGGAUUUCCAUGGGAUAGAUCAGAUAUUUAUGCAAAACAAUCUCCUAUUUAUCAAUUAGAUAAAGUUCGUACACCAACACUUAUCGUUACUGGAGAAGUCGACAUUCGAGUUCCUCCUGGCCAAAGUUUUAUGUUGGAACGUGCGCUCCAUUAUCUUGGCGUACCGGUUCAAUUGCUAAUUUUUCCAACUGAAGGGCAUUCAUUAAGAAAUAAUCCGUGGCAUGGAAAAAUCAAAGUUCGAGAAGAACUUAAAUGGUUAAAAAAAUAUGGUUAUCAAAAUUAA